AACGUCAAACGUAAUGUUUACAAACCUGGUCAAGCUGUUUAUCCGUUUUUGCCGGUAGUUUCCUCCGUCCUCGUAAAUCUUUCUUCGCAACGACAUGGACGAGGACGUGGAAUUCCGUGACAUGGUUCUAAAAAAGUUGGAGGAAAACGGUUCCCUGCUGGAAAUUAAGGCCAAGCUUCGCGCUCAUCUGUACGACGUUUUCGAGAACGACGGCCGACAGAACCAGCACCAGGAGGUGGUCAACGACAGCGACCUUACGUACAGCGGAGACCGAACGGACCUGGACGACGGUAACGGUGACUCCGAAGAAGAGCUGGACGAUCGAACCGUGGCUUUAAGUUUGGUGCACGACCUGCUGGACAGUUUGAAGCUGCCCUUUGCGAAGCGUGUCCUGCUGGCGGAAAGUGGCCUCCGCAAGCCCUGUUCCAGGGCGCGACUGCUGCGGGAGCUGGGCGGUUUCGGUGAGGAACCAAGAGAGACAGAGUCUGCCCUUUUGCUUCAGUUGAUAGAACGCCACCGGAAAACGACGUCCCCGGCCGGCACCGGCAGUGACAUAUCACAGGUAAGCAGGGACCAGUCGGAAACGACGACGACCGCAAUGACGCUGACGGCCAGCGAGGAUAGUCCGGCGCCGGUUUGAUGUUUCUUGCGAGGGACUUCCCGGAUAUUAACGUUUAAAAAACAUUCCCGCGGAAUUUGUCUGCACAUUCUAAUUGUAUUUUAUGAUGCCCACUCUUUUUACACGACUACUGAAUGUAUGGUUAGCUCUUUAGGUUUAUUGGCUUUUAACAGUUUUAGAUUAAAUGUUUUAUUUUCUAAUGCA